AUGGAAGCUCUCAGGGAAAAAUUCUUCCGCGCCAACAGCGACGAGGGUGCUAGCAUUUCGCAGGCCCCAUCGUCAAAAGAUAAUGUCGCCGACCUCAACCUCAACGCGAUUAACCCCUACGAGCUUGGUCGGCAGGCUCGACAGGCCUUCAACGACGUUUGGGAGCAGCUUUCCCGUGUUACCUCCCCAACUCGCAGCUACAUCAUCGAUAAUGUCCUUGAGGUUGAGGCCGAUGCAGACUUCCAGGCCCCCCAGGCCGCCUACACCACGGUGCUGGUUGUAGGCGCAACAGGGCGCGUUGGCCGCAUCCUCGUCCGCAAGCUCCUGCUGCGCGGCUACAAAGUCAAGGCGCUGUUCCGCAAUCGAGCUGGGGUCAGCAAGGAAGCCAUUCCAGAUUCCGUGGAGGUGGUGGAGGGCGAUGUGGGCGAUAUGGCUACAUGCCAAAAGGCGGUUCAGGGCGUCAGCAAGGUUAUCUUCUGCGCCGCGGCUCGCAGCGCCUUCACCGCCGACCUCCUGCGCGUGGAGGAUCGCGGGGUGAUGAACAUGGUCAAGGCCAUGCAGGACGAGCUGUACCGCCGUGCCAAGCGCUCCGGAACCAAGUUCCAUUCCACGUCGAAGAAGGAGCUCGCGGACUUCAACAGCCGGUUCCAUCAGGCCAGGUGGAACGUCACGUUCGCGGGGACGCCGGAGGACGCCGCGGCGGCAGCGGCGGAAGGCCGCCGCGGCGGCAACUUGAUGUCCCGCGGAGCCAUCGCGGAGGUGGGCGCCCGCCUGCCACCCCGCCUGCCCGGAGGCGAGCACCGUACGGCCGGUACGGAAGGCAUCGUACUGCGGGCACGCGGCGACGCGCACUCGUACCUCUGCAUCUUGGAAACGGACGACGGCUACCGCUACGGCGCGCGCUUCCCAACCAAAGAGGGUUACCUUACCGUACGGUUGCCGUACGCGGCAUUCCGUAGCGAGUACCAGGGCCAGCCGCCGCUAGACCCGGCGCGUCUGGUGGGCAUCGCGCUGCGGUACGAGAACCGCCGCAGCGGCAGCGGACCGUCUGCGGCUGCGGCGCUGCGGGCAGCCAAGGGCCUGAGCGAGCGCAAUAUGGAUGAGCUGGCGGCUCAGAGGACGAGGGACCAGAAGUUUAGUUUGGAAGUGGACUGGAUCAAGGCGCUGCCGGGUGGAACCGAGCCGGACUUUGUGUUGGUGUCGUGUGCGGGCCGGUCGCGACCCGGGAUCGAUCCCGCCGACCUGCGAAAGGUUAUUGAUGCCAAGCGGCGUGGAGAGGAGAACCUGCGGCUGAGCGGUCUGGGCUACACCAUCAUCCGCCCAGGCACGUUAUUGGACGAGCCAGGUGGCUAUAGGGCCCUCGUAUUCGACCAGGGCGACCGCAUCACGGAGUCCAUUGCGGCCGCUGACGUGGCCGACAUCUGUCUGAGGGCCUUACAUGAGCCGGAGGGCCGCAACAAGACAUUUGACGUGUGUUACGAAUACCAGGUGGAUGAGGACAACGCGCUGUAUGAACUGGUGGCGCACGUUCCCGACAAGAGGAACAACUACCUGAAGGCCGCUGUGGCGUCUCUGGCCAGGAACACGUAA